ACGGAAGCCGGGAAGGAGAUUCUCGGUUCGCGGGGUACGGCCGCGCGUGCGCAUUCCGCAGCCCGUUCAGGACCGCGGCGCUGGCCGGGCGCCCACGAGCCGGCGGAUUGGUUGCGCCCCCGUCCUUCUUUCCCUGGGACCUGGGGUCGCGGUUACUUGGGCUGGCCAGCGAACCCUUGAGUGGCCUGGCGGGGAGCGGGCCUCGCGCGCCUGGAAGGCCCUGUGGAGUGAAGAGAAUAGCGGCUUGCUCUGUUUCCCAGGCUAGAGUGCAGUGGCGCGAUCACGGCUCGCUGUAGCCUCGAACUCCCGAUCUCAAGCGAUCCUCCCGCCUCGGCCCGGGGCACACAGCAUGGCAGAAAACCGAGAGCCUCGAGGUUCCGUGGAGGCUGAACUGGAUCCGGUGGAGUACACCCUUAGGAAAAGGCUUCCCAACCGCCUGCCCCGGAGGCCCAAUGACAUUUAUGUCAACAUGAAGACUGACUUUAAGGCCCAGCUGGCACGCUGCCAGAAGCUGCUGGACGGAGGGGCCCGGGGUCAGAACGCGUGCUCUGAGAUCUACAUUCACGGCUUGGGCCUGGCCAUCAACCGCGCCAUCAACAUCGCGCUGCAGCUGCAGGCGGGCAGCUUCGGGUCCUUGCAGGUGGCUGCCAAUACCUCCACCGUGGAGCUUGUUGAUGAGCUGGAGCCAGAGACCGAUACACGGGAGCCACUGACUCGGAUCCGCAACAACUCAGCCAUCCACAUUCGAGUCUUCAGGGUCACACCCAAGUAAUUGAAAAGACACUCCUCCACUUAUCCCCUCCAUGAUGUGGCUCUUCGCAUGCCGAGUAGUGGACCUCGGACCAGAGCCAUGUAAGAAAAGGCCUGUUCCCUGGAAGCCCAAAGUACUCUGCAUUGAGGGCGGGGCUGGGGGGGUAAUUGUCUCUUGGUGAGCCCAGUUAGUGGGUCUUCCUGAGUGUGUGUGUGUGUGAUCUGUAACUAUUGCCAUAUAAAUAAAAAAUCCUGUUGUACUAGUGUCCUGCCA